AUGACCCUUGAGGAGCGUUGUUCCCAUGUGGAUAUGAAGCUUGAUGAAACCCUUCAACAAAAUGAGGUCUUGAGCAUCCGAGUGGAGAGUCUGGAAAGAGAAAUGUUGGAUAAAGAAAAAUUGCUGCUUGACCACGAAGCGGAGCUAUCCCGUCUUGGGAAUGACCUGGACUGGCUUGUCAAGGAUGGAAUUAUUAGGAUUGUUGACAAGGGGGAGAUGGUUGAUGCGAUUGACUCGUUCAUCUCUUGUGAUUAUGCUUCCAUGAUGAACUUGGGCUUUGUGGAUAUCGGCGGCCUUCGCCAACUGUGUGCGGAUGAUGAAAAUGAAGGAGUAGGUCCUAGCAGUAAUGCCAAGAUUAAUGGCUUGGAUGGAAAAGCUGGAAAAUGA